AUGAAACGGACGUACGCACACGUGGAUGACAUAGAUCUGUUCACUGGUGGAUUGAUUGAGACGCCGCUGCACGGUGGACUGGUCGGUCCCACGUUCCCACUUGUGCGCUUCACCGACCCUCAGCUCACUGAAAUAAGAAAGGUGACACUGGCCAAGCUUCUGUGUGACAACUGUGACAAUGUGGAAAGUGAACAGCGGUCUGUCUUUGACCUUCCAGACCCCUUCCUGAACCCCCGAGUGUCAUGUCGCGACCUCCCCGGGGUGAACCUUGAGCUGUGGAAAGAGGAGCACGAAGAAGAGGAAGACCUACAUAGGAUCAGAUGGAAGGACCAUGUCAAUGAAGACACAAGAGACAAAGGAUUAGAUGAAAGAAUGCCUCAAAGCAGAAACAUCUGAAGAAGACUUUUGUAAAGAGCAAUCCCAAAUAGAAAUUAGGGUGGGAAGAAGCAGCGUUGGCACUCACCACAUUGGUAACAUAGAUGCCCAGGAGU